AUGACAACAAGAAAAAUAACAACAUCAAUAUCAACUCCUUCAUUAUCCUCUUUUGAUAUUAAUUUUAAAAAUGAUAAAAAUAGCUUUAGUGAAAGUUCAUUAUUAAAACAUAGAAGCUCAUUAAAAAUGGAUACCUUUUCAGUUAAAUAUUAUACAGCAACUCAAAAAUCAAAUAAAAAUAAAUUAUAUGAGGUUAUAAACAAUAAAGACUCAAGAUCUGCAUUUUAUGAUUUUUUAGGAACACAAUUUUGUGUUGAAAAUUUAUUAUGUUGGGAAGCAAUUGAAAAAUUUAAAAAAAUGGAUGGAUCUCCUUCAGAAAUGUACACGACUGCUGAAGAAAUUUAUUCAUUAUUUAUAAGAGAUAAUUCAAGAUAUGAAAUUAAUAUAUAUAGCAAACAAAAAGAUCGAUUAAAAGAAACUUUAAAGCAUACAUUUAUAAUACCCGAGUUUUCAGAUGGAUCAUCAACAUCAUCAACAUCAUCAUCACCAUCACCAUCAACUGGCAAUAAUGAUGGUGGAAAUGCUUUAACACACUCAUUUUCAAAUUUAAGUUUAAAUAACUCACUCAACUCAUCUCAAUCAGCACCAACUUCACAAACAAAUACACCAAACUUUUCCAAUAAUCUAUACAAUAAUAUAGUACAAUCCUCAACUUUUAUAACAAACUCACCAAUUCAAACCGAUACAUUCCCAAAAAGAAAAAAGAAAUUAAGAUUUAGAAAACUUAUUUCUAAAACUUUAUUUUCUGAACCAAGCAAUAAUAAUAGUAGCAAUACAAAUAAUAGUAAUAGUAAAUAUAGUAAUAUUAAUAAUAUACCACCAACCUUAAAUCCAACCAACCAAUCUGAAAUAAUACACCCACCAUUAUCACCAAAUAUAACAACAUUUGAUGGCGAUUGCUUUAGUAGAACAAACAGUAGUAAUUGUGUUGUCGGCUCAUGCUCAGAUGAUUCAUUUGUCGUUAUUUUGGGAAACUCUUUCGGCAAUAGAAAAAGUGGUUCAGCAUAUUCCAGCUCUGACAGUAGUGAUGGCGAAUAUGAAGAAUUCGAUAGAAAUAAUAUUAAAUUUGGUAUUGCAAAGUGUCAAAAUCUUUUCAAUGAUAUUCAAGAUGAAUUGGAACAAAUGAUGAUAGAAAACUCUUUGGGCGAAUUUUUAAAAAAAGGUUGGUUACCUUUAAAAAAUAAAAAUAAUGACAAUAAUAAUGAUAAUAAUAAUAAUAAUAAUAAUAAUAAUAAUAAUCAAAUUUUAGAUAACGAUAAUUUACAUAUAGUGAGUUAA